AUGGGUCGGCGGCCCCUCUCGCCAGUGGGUUCGGAGAAUGGAUUAGAUAUCACGGCCUCUCUGUCCCAUUAUGACGUCCCGAAAGACUCGAAAAAUGCAGUAGACUUGAAAUCCAGUGGGAAACAACAGGUCGAAAAUGGCACAUUUGACCUUGAAGGAAGCGAGUCAGAUGACGCUGACUUCAUUGCUGGGUCUCUUGCAGCUGCAAAUCGAAAGAGUUCACAUUUGAAAGGGAAGACCGUCAAGAAAGGAGGAGGUUUUCAAGCAAUGGGCCUGAGUGCGAAUCUCCUCAAAGCCAUUUCUAAGAAAGGAUUUUCCGUGCCAACUCCCAUUCAGCGCAAGACUAUUCCAAUUAUACUUGAUGGGAGAGAUGUCGUUGGUAUGGCACGGACAGGGUCCGGCAAGACAGCCGCUUUUGUGGUUCCUAUGAUCGAAAAGCUGAAAAGUCAUAGUGCAAAGGUAGGUGCUCGGGCUUUGGUGCUGUCACCUUCAAGAGAGCUGGCUCUUCAGACACUGAAAGUGGUAAAAGCGCUUGGCGGAGGUACCGAUCUGAAAAGCAUUCUACUUGUCGGGGGAGACUCGUUAGAAGAGCAAUUUGGGUCCAUGUCGUCAAAUCCUGAUGUUGUCAUCGCCACACCCGGUAGAUUCUUACACCUGAAGGUAGAGAUGGGUCUUGAUCUUUCGUCUGUACGAUAUGUGGUUUUCGACGAAGCCGAUCGGCUUUUCGAAAUGGGCUUUGCUACACAAUUGAUCGAGAUUUUGCAUGCUUUACCACAGUCAAGACAAACAUUAUUGUUCUCCGCAACGCUACCUAAGUCGCUCGUGGAAUUUGCUAGGGCUGGACUGCAAGAGCCGACUCUGAUCCGCUUGGACGCAGAAAGUAAGAUAUCAUCGGAUUUGCAGAGUGCGUUUUUCACCAUGAAAAGUGCUGAUAAGGAGGGCGCAUUGCUUCAUAUCUUGCACGAUGUCAUCAAAAUGCCUACUGGAGCUCCAAACGAUGUCCGCAUUGAGGACAUUAAACCGUCCAAGAAUACUAAGAAGAGGAAACGAGGCAAAUCAGAAGCUACGGAUCAGCACGAAGCUCCUAGUGAGCAUUCAACGAUCAUCUUUACCGCAACAAAGCAUCACGUUGAGUAUGUAGCAGCGCUUUUACGCGAGUCCGGCUUCGCUGUCUCCAUUGCCUACGGAUCAUUAGAUCAGACUGCACGAAAGAUGCAGGUUCAAGACUUUCGCACAGGCACGACAGACAUCCUAGUCGUAACGGACGUAGCAGCCCGGGGCAUAGACAUACCAGUCCUUGCUAAUGUAGUGAAUUACGACUUUCCUGCCCAAUCGAAGAUUUUCGUGCACCGAGUUGGCCGCACUGCUCGCGCAGGACAAAAAGGCUGGAGCUUCAGUCUCAUCCAGACGUCCGAGGCUCCAUACUUGUUGGAUCUACAGCUCUUUCUCGGAAAACGCCUUGUCCUGGGGACGGAGAACAGGACGGUGCCAAGCUAUUCAGAUGAUGUGGUCAUUGGAAGUCUUGCGAAACACAAGCUUGAAAGCAAUUGCGAAUGGGUGACGAAAUUGCUCGAUGAACAGUCUGAUUUACGGGCUUUGAGGUCUGUUGCCCUUAGGGGUGAAAAGCUUUAUCUUCGGUCGAGACCUGCCGCAUCAGCCGAAAGUGCUCGCAGGGCGAAGACGAUGGCGUCGUCCAAACCUUGGAGCGCGUUACAUCCUCUGUUCUUUGACCAUACUGACGACGGAGAAGCGGAACGGGCAGAAAUGAUUGCUCGUGUGAGUGGGUUCCGGCCGACGGAAACAGUGUUCGAAAUUGGGAGAAAAGGCCAAAAGGACGCAGCUGCGCAGAUCAUGCGCAGAAGACGUGCGACAGUUGGUACGCACCAAAGUAGGAAGCAAGACUCCAUACCCUCAGUGGAUCCUGAAGCACUGUCAGACAAUGAGAAGCGCUCAUCUUCUGUACAGCUGUCUAGAGACAUUGAUGCAGCAGAGCAGUCUCCAGAUUCAGUCAUCGAUGUAGAUACCGGCUCCGCGUCUGAGGACGACCUCCAAGUCACCAUCUCGAAUACAUACACCAGCCGACACUCCAAGUCCACAAAUUCCGAUCCCCAAUCUGAUUUCUUCAUGGCCUAUACCCCCACAAGCACGAAUCUGGCCGAAGACCGCGCCUAUGCUGUCCAACAACCGACUUCCACCGGUGACGUUAACAAUUUCCUCAUCGCCGCCCAAGGCGCAACAAUGGAUCUUGUAACAGACGAAGGCCGCGGCAUUGGCGAGCCGAGCCGUCAGAAACGCUGGGACAAGAAAGCUAAAAAAUACGUGGACGUCGGUAAUGAUAGGAAAGGGGAUCGGGAAAGUAAGAGGUUUAUUCGGUCAGAGUCUGGGCAGAAGAUUGCCGCCAGUUUCCGCAGUGGGAGGUUUGAGGCAUGGAAGAAGGCGAAUAAAGUCGCUAAGAUGCCAAGAGUUGGGGAGGCAGAAACUGCGUUUCCAAAGCGUCUAGCUGGCGUGCGUAGGGGGAAUUUUGGGUCCGGAAAGAGCUUCAGGCAUAGGAGUGAGAGGGCGCCUAUGGAGGCGGACAAAUAUCGUGAUGACUUUUACAAGAAGCGGAAGAAAGUGGAGAAAGCGAAGGAAGCUGGUAGGGCAGGGACAGCAAUUAAUAUAGGAGGUCGAAAAGGUGGUGAUGAAGGGGAGACAAGGGGUACCGACGCGGUGCGGAAGCUGAGGAAGGAUAAGGAAAAGAGAAGGGAGAAAACGGCGGGCCGGCAUAAAAAAGGUCGAGGACGAGGUUGA